AUGAAUUUCGCAAUAUCGAGUGUCCACGAAGUCAAUGGCGAGUACUUUCCCCCGGGAGACUUCCACAAGGACUGCCACACACCAAAGAUGGAACUGUGCGGUUUGUGCAAAGAGCUCGAUCUGUCGCCAUUACUCCCGACUCUGGGAGAGGCUGAUAAGACGGAAGGCGCCGAGUGGUCACGCCAUAAAUUUGCCCGUGUUGAUUACAUUCUGGGCCAUGCCACAACAUGCGCGUUGUGCCGGCUUAUAGGUGGGGUCCUCGUGUACCUUUUUUGUGAAAGAGGCGGGGAUGAACACAAUGGAGGUGCCCCAGGUGAAGACUUGAGUAAAGCAUCACCCACUGACUCGGAUGAUGAUUCCGAUGAUGAUGAAGAUGUUGAAAUGCUGGGAAAACUUGUGACGGCGCUGGUGGUCGACGGCGAUCUGCUCAGCAGCGAACAACAGCUCCGUGACCUAGCUCCAAGAUUCACAGUCAGCGUCCACCUCAACCAAAAGCUAACCCUUAAAGGCGGACCUACUCAUCAAAUUGAUCUCACGGUUGAAGGGCCCCACACGAUCAUUCAGCCGCCGAGUCUCGUUGCGCUACAGGAUAACCCUCCCUACGGUUGUGGAAGCGCUCGCCGAGUUGACCCGCAACAGGUGGACUAUCAAAAGCUCAAGCAAUGGAUCCACAUAUGCGAAGAUCACCACCAGGGGUGUAAGCCGCCCAUCACAUGGACUCAGCCCAGAGCGAAGUCUAGUGAUAUGAAUGGAGUGCAUCCAUUCAUGGUGAUCGACGUGAUCGAGCAAAGGGUCGUAACAGCGCCUCCGGAUUGUCGAUACGCCGCGUUAAGCUAUGUGUGGGGUCCAAUUGAGAUGCAGUUCCAAGUGCAGCAAGCGAAUCUUGCGGCAGUGUCGGCAGAAUUCGGUCUUGCAGGAGUCGAGACCGAAUUACCCGAGACGAUCAAGGACGCGAUGCAACUAGUCAAGGAGAUAGGGGAGAGAUACCUCUGGGUGGAUAACAUGUGCAUUGUCCAAAAUGACCAGACCAGCAAGAACUACUGGAUCCAUGAAAUGGCGGCCGUGUAUGCCGGAGCCGUGGUGACCAUUGUCGCCGCAGCGGGCGUCGACUCCAGCGCUGGUCUUCCUGGCGUACGACGCGGGACCAGACAAUACCCCCAGUUUGCGGAGGAGGUAAAACCUGGGCUGACGCUUGCGACAUUGGGCUCUCAAACCACUUUGGUAGAGGAUUCGAAGUAUAGCAGUCGAGGAUGGACGUUCCAGGAGAGAAUGCUCUCUACUCGCAACCUUGUCUUUCUUCCAAAUGAAGCUUUCUUCGAAUGCAGACAAGCUGUAUUUGUUGAAGAGAUCGCGUGCGAGGACGCGUCCUUUUCGUACGAAGAGCAUGAUCAGAUAUACGAUCUCGGUGUUCUUUCGCCAUUCAAACAGCUCGCAGAGGGGUCAGACAACUACAGUACGCUGGUUGAGAUGUACACUUCGCGGUGCUUUAGUAAUGAGUCGGACGCCUUGAAUGCCUUCGCUGGAAUGCUCCGCGUGUUAAGCCUGGAGAUGAGAUCGCACUUCCUCUGCGGCCAUCCCAUUGAGGACUUCGGUGAGACUCUGCUAUGGACGUUGGAUAGAGACGAUGUCCACAACGGGACUCGCAGGAAAGGCUUUCCCAGCUGGGCUUGGAGUGGGUGGACAGGAGAGAAACAGAUAUCCAAUAUACCGUGGCUGGUUGAAUCAACCGAAUCAGAUGAGUCCGAGCUUUCGGACGUGGGAGAGGGAGACAGUGUGCGAAGCUUUAUAUGGUGGCGGGCUGAGGUCCAAGACGACUGUUACCAGAUCAGCUCCCCUACUCACAACCUACAAGAGGCUCUACAGACAUGUAUCGAUGGGGAGCAAUUGCUCACAUUUGAUCAACCCGACUAUAGCUACCUCCCGUAUUUGCCGCGAUACUCGGAUACGCUUCAGCAAGUGAGGCUCCGAUUCUGGACUAUUGUCGCGCCAUUUAGACUGAGUCGGAAAAGCAUGCCCUUUAUAAUGAAUUCUGACUCUGAGCCGGAAUCUGAUGAUUUCGAAGGGUCUUCAGUGAGCAUCGGGGCGCCUCGGUUCUUCAGCAUUUGGGGAGAGAAUGAUACAUGGUGUGGGGAGGUCGUAGAUUGCUGUGGCGAUGCUAUGUUGACAGGAGACCCCACUGUGUACGAGCUUGUCAUUUUAGGGCUCUACUUUGGCUCCCUCAGUGCCAUGGUAGUCAAGUGGGAAGCUGGAGUCGCUGAGAGGAUUGGGCUUGCCAGGCUAUUCAUGAAUGCGUUGAACGCGGUGCUGGAGCCGGGGAUCCAGUGGAGGGAGAUUGUACUAGGUUGA